AGUCUUUUGACGAUUUAAACUCAAACCCUUCUAUUUAUUGAUCUUCUCCGCUGGAUUUUGGCAUCCUUAAAUUUGUUUAACUGCUACUGUGGAAUCGGAGAAUCUUGACGAGUAGUGCUAACGGCGGACUUAGAAAGACCAGGUUCCUUUGGGAGAAGUGUGGUGCCGAUGGGUUCCCCGUCAUAUCCGAACCUUCAACCGAGCUGUAAGUGUAUUCUUUAAUUUCUUCAAGACUUUGUUUAGUUUGCACCUUCAGGGCAAAACCUCUUGCACAGACUGCUCUUGUGCUUUAAUCAACUAAACACCUGUUUUUCUCGAGAUGAUACCUUCCGAACUUGGACGUAGACAGGACAGCAGUUUCUGCAGCAGUUGUUUCCCUCCCAAAGGAUCCAACCAAACGCAGCUAAAAUGAUUGAAAUUGUUAAAAGGCCAAAGAAUAGUUUGUUAAUGGACUAACCAGACUAAAUUUGUGGAUCUUUUGUCAAGGAUUUCAUUAUUACGGUAGAUUUCUCAACUCUUUUCAGGUGAUUCAAUGGGAAUGUCCUUCAAUUUGUCACAAACUAUCGAAUCACUACUUAUUCCAACAAGGGGAACGCAGUUUAACGGGCAACAACAUGGUCACCCGCUCGAGCAAGUAGGAGAAGGGGUGCAUAAUCAACUCAGUUCAAAUCUAACUGAGGACGAGGACAGUGUUUCAAGAACUGGUACGCCGAAAACCUUUGCAGACAAGGCUGCCCGGAAAAAAGAAAUCGACAGAGCAUACAGAGCAAGACAGAAGCAAAAGACCAUGGAUACGGACAGAGAAAUGAGGACACUUAAAGAUGAGAAUUCAAAUUUAAAGAAUGAGAAUCAAAGCUUGAAACUUGAAAAUGCUUAUAUGAUUCAAAAUUUGCAAUCUAAAGAAACUGAGAUAUUUCAGCUUAAAAGUAAUCUUCUCGAAUUGAAGUGUGACCAUGAGAAGCAAAAUGCCCUUGUGCAAAUACUCUCAGACAGAUUGGCCUGCUCCGAUCUCCAGCAUGAAAACACGAUGCUUAGAUAUCAAAAUGCUCAAUUGAGACAGAAUCCUAGUCUGGAUUGUAGAAUAAUCCAGCUUGUAAAUGAGAAUGGAAGAUUAGAACUAGAAAAUAGGAAACUCAGAGUGCAGAAUGAUGCUUUGUGUGGAAAAAUAAUCAAAGAUAAUGACAAGAAGCAUAUGCUUGAGAACUCACAGCAAUAAGCAGCCAUUAGUACAUAUGAUCUCCUGUGAAUUUUUUGUACAGUUAAUUAGUUUUCUGAUGUUUGCCAAUUUGUACAGUUAGCCAUCAUUUGUAGCUUGAUGAUUAAGAGAUCAUCUGUAGAAUAUAUAUGCAGAAAAUGCAUGAACACGUUGUUUCAGUAUCUUGUAUGCAAUGAAUAUUCAGUUUCACU